UCCGCCUGACGGAUAAAAACCGGUGAAAACGUGUUUCAUAUCCUUGUUCCUCGCGUUUCUUUCAUGCUAAACACGCACUCUAGGUACAUCCACCGCUAACAUGCAGGUUGCCAUGGAUAUCACCACCAAGCAUUGCCAUAAAGAGAUGGAGAACUAUGGACAGUGCGUGGCAUCCAACCAGUUAACAUGGCAACAGCACUGUCAUGAUCUGAAGAUGAAGGUGGCACAGUGUACUUCUUCACACCCCGUGAUUCAGAAGAUCCGGUCAGACUGUUCUAAAGAGUUUGCCAUGUUCGACAGCUGCUUAAGAGAGAACCCAACCUCACCUACCUCUUGUUCAGCUCACGUAGCACGUUUCCUCGGAUGUGCAGAGACGGUAGACCUGGCUGGAGUAGGAAAUCAAGUUCCUCAGCCCUCAGAACCCAGAAAGUAUGAUCACCCAUCCUUCCCAGAGAAGGAAUUCUCACAGUAGGGACAACAAACUGCUCAAUCUAUCAUGGAAAAAUGAAUGCUCAUGUCAUUUUGAUUAUAUCCUGACAUUCUACAAGGAGACUUCUGUUGAAAAAUCCCAAAGUGGCCACAGACAGAACUCGGAAUACAGAAGUUACUGGGCUUAUUUCUGUUUGGAAGUUAAGAUUCAAGACCGGGUCCAUCUUGACGUUCUGUCAUAACUCAUCAAUCCUACAGCUCCCUGAAAUACACUGGACAGACGGUUUUUUUUUUUUUCUUGUCCUCUACCAACAAAUUAACUAUUCAUGAAUGCCAUUUUGGGAGUGAAUGUAACUGAGUUAUUUUUGUGUCGUUCCAGGAUUUGUGUCUUGUUUGCAAUGUGGUUGUUCUAUCUCUGAUGUGUUAUUUUUGAGUGAAGUGUUUCAUUGAACUCCU